GCUGAGGUGACAAUGUGCUAGGAGCCCUCGCUCGGUCUCCUGCGCCUCCUCGGCCUCAGCGCCCGAUCUCGCGGCGCUCGAGGAGCCCUCCAGCCCGCCGCUGCGCUAUGAGGGCGCCUCUCUGGGGCUGGCCCAGGCCGGAACCCGCUUGCUCUGCUCCAGGGGAAGUGUGAAGAGAGAGGCGCGGGCGGGAGCCGGGGCUGCGCGCGGCGUUUGCCGACCGGCGCGGGUUCAGAUGCAUUUUGUAGGAGUAUUUUGAAGAUGAAUGUUUGCAAAUCAUUUUGAAAUUGCCAAGCACCACAUACAUGGGAUGCAUCCUGCUUUCUUCGUGGAGUUCACCCUUGUGGCUUGGAUUGAUUGCUGUGGCGUCUGUCUCCUUUCUAUGUGCUAACUAGAAAUCAAGGGAAGACAUGAGGAGGCUCGUUUACUGCAAGGUGGUUCUAGCCACUUCACUGAUGUGGGUCCUUGUGGAUGUCUUCUUACUCCUGUACUUCAGUGAGUGCAACAAAUGCGAUGACAAGAAGGAGAGGUCCCUGCUACCUGCACUCAGGGCUGUUAUUUCAAGAAACCAAGAAGGGCCAGGAGAAAUGGGAAAGGCUGUGCUGAUUCCUAAAGAUGACCAGGAGAAAAUGAAAGAACUAUUUAAAAUCAAUCAGUUUAACCUUAUGGCCAGUGAUUUGAUUGCCCUUAACAGAAGUCUACCGGAUGUAAGAUUAGAAGGAUGCAAGACAAAGGUCUACCCUGAUGAACUUCCAAACACAAGUGUAGUCAUUGUAUUUCACAAUGAAGCUUGGAGCACUCUCCUUAGAACUGUUUACAGUGUUAUAAAUCGUUCCCCACGCUAUCUGCUCUCUGAGGUGAUCUUGGUAGAUGAUGCCAGUGAAAGAGAUUUUCUCAAGUUGACAUUAGAGAAUUAUGUGAAAAAUUUAGAGGUGCCGGUAAAAAUUAUUAGAAUGGAAGAGCGCUCUGGGUUAAUACGUGCCCGCCUUCGAGGAGCAGCUGCUUCAAAAGGGCAGGUCGUAACUUUUCUCGAUGCACACUGUGAAUGCACGUUAGGAUGGCUGGAACCCUUGCUGGCGAGGAUAAAAGAAGACAGGAAAACAGUUGUAUGCCCCAUCAUUGAUGUGAUUAGUGAUGAUACCUUUGAAUAUAUGGCUGGGUCAGACAUGACUUAUGGGGGCUUUAACUGGAAACUGAAUUUCCGUUGGUAUCCUGUUCCGCAAAGAGAAAUGGAUAGGAGAAAAGGAGAUAGGACAUUACCUGUCAGGACCCCUACUAUGGCUGGUGGCCUAUUUUCUAUUGACAGAAACUACUUUGAAGAGAUAGGAACUUACGAUGCAGGAAUGGAUAUCUGGGGUGGAGAGAAUCUUGAAAUGUCUUUUAGGAUUUGGCAAUGUGGAGGCUCUUUGGAGAUUGUGACUUGCUCUCACGUCGGUCAUGUUUUUCGGAAGGCGACUCCUUAUACUUUCCCUGGUGGCACUGGUCAUGUCAUCAACAAAAACAAUAGGAGACUAGCAGAAGUUUGGAUGGAUGAAUUUAAAGAUUUCUUCUACAUCAUAUCCCCAGGUGUUGUCAAAGUGGAUUAUGGAGAUGUGUCAGUCAGAAAAACACUAAGAGAAAAUCUGAAGUGUAAGCCCUUUUCUUGGUACCUUGAAAAUAUCUAUCCGGAUUCCCAGAUCCCAAGACGUUACUACUCACUUGGUGAGAUAAGAAAUGUUGAAACCAACCAAUGUUUAGACAACAUGGGCCGCAAAGAAAAUGAAAAAGUGGGUAUAUUCAACUGUCAUGGGAUGGGAGGAAAUCAGGUGUUUUCUUAUACUGCUGACAAAGAAAUUCGAACCGAUGAUUUGUGCUUGGAUGUUUCUAGACUCAGUGGACCUGUAAUAAUGUUAAAAUGCCACCACAUGAGAGGAAAUCAGUUAUGGGAAUAUGAUGCUGAGAGACUCACCUUGAGACAUGUUAACAGUAACCAAUGCCUCGAUGAACCUUCUGAAGAAGACAAAAUGGUGCCUACCAUGCAGGACUGUAGUGGAAGCAGAUCCCAGCAAUGGCUGCUAAGGAACAUGACCUUGGGGGCAUGAAGAUCACUUCCCCAAAGCCAUGAACGUGUCGACAUUUUUGUUUUUCCAUUAUUUCAGUUAGGGAAAAAUAAUUAACUUUGCUGAAUUGAAAGUUUUAAAAUCCUUUUAGUAUUCUAAAAUACAGUUGUUUAUAAUUCAUUUUUAGGAAUGUUUGCUUAUUUCCCUACUAAAAUUUGUAUCUGAUCAAAGAAGCACAUAAAAAAUAUAAAUAACAGCAAACUGUUAUUAAACAUCAGAACAACUUGAAAAAUAAAUUGUGUUUGCUUUAAAAGAAAAUCUUUACUGCCCUCAUCUCACAAGAUUAGUCAGGGGCUUAUUUUAAUUCUGUUCUUGUCCUAGUGAUUGAAAGAGAGACAAUGUAAAUGCCUUAUAAAAUAUCUUCAUUAUGAUAUAUUAUCAAAUCUUUUAAAAACUCUGUUUCUAAUGGACCUUCAUGGAAACAUGUUGAAUUUCUGUGUCAACAA